AUGGCAAUCCCAGCGUUCGCUCCCCUCCCUCCGGUCAACAUUCGUCUGAGCAUUGGACCGGAAGAAUGGAAAGCAUGUCUAGAAGCAUGGCUAACUCUUGGGGAAUUUACACUACGCCUUCCAAAAGGCACAUUCAAUUCGGCUGCGAGCGAUGAAGGAUCUCUACCGGGGUUCCUCACUUCUUUCUACUAUGRGCUCGGGAAUCUACAGCCAUCGGAUGCUACUUUCAACGGCCCAGCUGGCAUCUCUCUUCGAAAACUCGGCUUUAGACUGGUGUCCAGGAUCUUUAUCGAAUGCGAUUCUCCAUCACAAUCUUUGUUAAGAUGGGACUUUUUGUCAAACCUCUGCCAUGCACAUCUGAGAUCAUCCGCUCUUCCUCGUCUCAUGUCAAGGCUGUGGGAACGCAGGGCAGGAGUCAUCACUUCAAACUUGCAGAAGAAGAAAGACACCCUUGUAAAGACACUCGAUUCGAAACAGAUCGAUAGCGAAACGAGCACACUCGCCCAGCUGGGUUGCCUCUCGCACGUAUCCUCAGAGAUUGGCUCAUUCUUCAUGACUGGUUCGGACUUCCUGGACUCGAUUGUUGGAGUAUACAGUCACAGCACCUCCGAUGCACAACGGAAAGCUCUAUCAACUGUCACCUACUUGUGCUUAGUAUCACUUGUCAGAGCUGAUGUUUCCAAUACAUCUCUACUCUCAGACCACCUCUAUACCUUGAAGGAACAAGCAGACAAGGGUAGCCAUGCAUCGUCUCUGCUGGCCGAUGUCGUUACCAACACACCUCUCCUGGCAAAGCUACGGCUUUCUAUAAGUGCAAAGUCGCCGGACCGACUUUCAAAGCUCUUGGACACUCUCGAGACAUAUCGAUCUCCUAGUAUAACUCGCCGCAGGAAGCACAGUCGUCAGAAGCCAGGCGCGGGUAAGGGCAAGGGGAAACAGAACCCAGCCAGUGAUCCCGUCAACGUACAUCGCAUGAGUCUUGUUACGCAAAUACAGGAUCUCUUUCCAGAUCUCGGUGCCGGAUUCGUACUAAAACUGCUCGAUGAGUAUGGCGGUGAUGUCGAGCAAGUCACCGCCCAUCUCUUGGACGACUCACUCCCACCACACCUCGCUUCGCUUGAUCGAGGGGAGGAAGCCAUGGUCUAUGACACAGACAAGCAAACACAAAUCGACCAUCUCGAGCCGAGAUCUACGCCUCCUCGCCAAGACUCGUUCAUACCAGAACGACGAAAUGUAUUUGACGAUGACGAGCUCGACCGUCUAGAAUUCGAAUCCAGUCGCCUGCAUAUUGGGAAACAGAACCGACAGGUAUCAAGCGGAGACCAGCCCAACAAAGCAGCAAUCAUGUCCGCUCUAGCAGCUUUUGAUUCAGACGAUGACGAGCGAGAUGACACUUACGACGUGGAAGACGUGGGCGGCACUGUUGACACGGCACAUCCGGACGGCGAGCCCGCUCCAUCGACGAAGAUGACUCGCGAAGAGAACGAUGUGGUACUCUUCAACGCAUACAAAUCCUCACCCGAGCUGUUUGGCAGGACUUUCAACAUUCGACGUGGCCAGCCACGUAUGGCCCUGAAAGCCGAGACGGGUAUGACGGACGAGGCUAUCGAGGGCUGGGCUAUCAUGCUACAGCGUGAACCGAAUAGGUUGAAGCGGCUGGAAGCACAGACUGGGACAUUUGAUGGAAGGCAGACGGAAUUGGCUAGUACUUCUUACCGGGAGAGCCCUGGUGGUACAGACGAGGACUCGGACGCGCCACAGAAUGGCCGUGGAGGCUUCCGGGGACGAGGGAGGGGGAGAGGCGGUGUAGGGCGUGGAAGAGGGAGAGGUGGAAGUGUUGCUGGGCCUUCUGAUGACCCCAACACUGCUAAUGCUCAGAGGCGGAAGGAGGCGAGCAAAGGAAGCAGGGCGAAUCACAACCGGAGAGAUCAGAGAGCGAAGAAGAUGGCGAGAGGUGGCUUUCCUGGCUAA